AUGUGAGCGGGGCCGGGCCGGGGCCGGGAGAGGCGCGCAGUGCCCCGGCGACAGCAAUGGAGGCGGUGGUACUGAGCGGGUUGGCCCUGGCCCUGGCGCUGCCCUCCGUGGCCCUGGAGAACGGGCUGGCGCGCACUCCCCCCAUGGGCUGGAUGUCCUGGGAGAGGUUCCGCUGCAACGUGGACUGCCAGGCGGAUCCCCGCAACUGCAUCAGUGAGCAGCUCUUCUUCGAUAUGGCAGACCGGCUGGCAGAGGAUGGCUGGAGGGAGCUGGGCUAUGAGUACAUCAACAUUGACGACUGCUGGUCUGCCAAGCAGAGGGACGCGGCAGGACAGCUGGUUCCCGACCCCAAGAGAUUUCCGAGUGGAAUUAAGGCUCUGGCUGACUACGUCCAUUCCAGGGGCCUGAAGCUGGGCAUUUACGGUGACCUGGGCGUCUUCACCUGUGGGGGCUACCCAGGCACUAUGCUGGAACACGUGCAGCAGGAUGCCCAGACCUUUGCAGCGUGGGGUGUGGACAUGCUGAAGCUGGAUGGGUGCUACUCGUCUGCAGAGGAGCAGGCAAAAGGAUACCCAGAAAUGGCGAGGGCCUUGAAUGCCACAGGCCGCCCCAUCGUCUACUCCUGCAGCUGGCCAGCGUAUCAGGGGGGUCUUCCCCCCAAGGUGAACUACACCGUCCUGGCAGAGAUCUGCAACCUGUGGCGUAACUAUGACGACAUCCAGGAUUCCUGGGACAGUGUACUUUCCAUUGUGGACUGGUUCUUCACAAACCAGGACGUGCUGCAACCGGCAGCUGGCCCCGGUCACUGGAACGACCCAGACAUGCUCAUCAUUGGAAACUUUGGCCUUAGCUACGAGCAGUCACGCUCCCAAAUGGCCUUGUGGACAGUGAUGGCAGCUCCGCUCCUCAUGUCCACGGAUCUCCGCACCAUCUCCCCCAGUGCCAAGGAGAUCCUGCAGAACCGCCUGAUGAUCCAGAUCAACCAGGACCCCCUGGGAAUCCAGGGGCGCAGGAUUGUCAAGGAGAAAUCCCACAUCGAGGUGUUUCUGCGCCCGCUGUCCCAGGCUGCCAGCGCCCUUGUGUUCUUCAGCCGGAGGACGGAUAUGCCCUUCCACUACACCACCAGCCUGGCCAAGCUCCACUUCCCUGAGGAUGCUGUGUAUGAGGUACAAGAUGUGUUCGUUGGGAAGAUCAUCGGGGCCUUAAAGACAGCAGACAACUUCUCAGUGGUUAUUAACCCCUCAGGGGUGGUGAUGUGGUAUCUCCGUCCCAUGGCACUCCCGGUACAACCCUGGCAUGUCAGACAUCAAGCCCCUGGCGAGGGUUUCCGCCCAACCCUUCUGUGACAGGGCCCAGGGGAUGGGGUGUGGACAGUGCCAGGGUGAGCUGUGAGACCCCAGGGCACGUGGCUCUUCACUACACAAGUGCCUUCUGCUGGUGAGCCCAGCAAUGCUGGGCAGUGAACAUCCCCUGGUACCAGCCUAAUGAUGUCUGCUCCAUCUGCAUAAAUCAGGAAUUCUUGUUGCCCACUGCCUAAGGGUAUGCAGAGCAUAAUUCCUCGCUAAUUGCAAAGCCUUUUGAGAUCCUCUCGUGGAAGAUGCCAUACAAGUAGAGCCCAGCCACUACUGAAGUUUUGUCAGCUCUGACCUGAGAACUUCAUUGCUUUGAGCUGGAUGUUACUGACUGCUGCAGGGGCUGUUUGAACUACACCUGUAGAAAGGCUUUGGGUGCUUUUGUAUCUCCUAGGGUUGUGACACGCCCUUCUCCCUUUUCCCCCACCCUCACCUCCCAAGUGUGUGAUGGCGUUAAUGUCAAGGAUCAGACUUGGUCACCUUCUUUCUUUUGCUAUAAUCAGCUUAGUUUAGAAUAAGGGGCUGUCAACAGGGUUGCAUCCCUCCCAUAUAUCCCCACCAGGAGCAAGAGUUCUUGGAGGCAUAAUGGUCCUGUACAGUGAGGCUUUGCUUGCAGGCCUGAUCCUGCUGCCACAAUCCUAGAGGCCAGCACUACUUGAGCCUAGCAGGGGUGCUAGCAUUGUGUUAAAGCCCCUCUAGUAGAGGUUUACAGCAGAGCAGAGCAAAAAUCUCCAUGAGCCAUGCACGACCUCAGGAGCCAUGCUGUGGUACGCACCAAAAACCGCAGAACCAUAGCACGUUGCGUAGGAGUGCUGGCAGGAAGAUGCUGAUACUCAGUUGAGGUGGUCUUUUGGGUUGGGCAAUGGUCACAGGUGCCUCCAAGCUGAAAGUUGCAUCCUUCUUGCUCUAGAAGGGAAUUUCUGCUAAAAGGAUGAUCAGGUCCUACUCCAGCAGGUUGAAAAUACAGGAUUCCUCAGGGAAAGGCUUCUUCUCCCAAGGGCACCAAAUCCACAGCUCUAUUCUGAGGAGGAGCCUGCACUAAUAAACUGGAAGUGAGUGUCAGGAGAGACUCUAAAGCCCUCAACUGCUUCACCUUCAUACAACAGACUACCUAUGGAGGAGUUCUAGAUGACACAAGAUUAAGCCUCAGACUGGGGAAAGAUCACGUUAGAUUAGGGGGGGGAAAAAAAAAAGUUCUCCUAUUCAUCUGUGGGAGGGUUCCUGGUCAUCUGCCCACUCUGAUUCCUACAGGACCAAAUGGUUGAUUCUGGCCCCUUCCAGAAACUGGGUGCAGGGUCAAAAUACUGAACACAACGCUUGCAGUUCUAAUAAGGAAGAACUUGCUAAAAAACAAGGAGCUGGCUUUGUUCUUGGGGAGUGAUUGAGGCAAAUUGAUACUGAAAUAAAGGGAAGCAGAUCACA